UAUCAUUUGUAUAUCCGUAACUUUUCCUCCUCCUCCUCUUCCUCCGUCUUCUCCUCCUCGUCCUCCUCCUCCUCGUCCUCCUCCUCCGCCUCCUUUUCGUUCAUAAUACCCAGCAGCUCUCCCCGUCUUUCCUUGGUCUCUCCUUCCUCAACACCCCGCCACCCCCCUUACACCUUACAGCAACACCCCGCCACCCCCCUCACACCUUACAGCAACACCCCGCCACCCCCCUCACACCUUACAGCAACACCCCGCCACCACCCUCACACCUUACAGCAACACCCCGCUAACCCCCUCACACCUUACAGCAACACCCUCACACCUUACAGCAACACCCCGCCACCCCCUCACACCUUACAGCAACACCCCGCCACCCCCCUCACACCUUACAGCAACACCCCGCCACCCCCCUCACACCUUACACAACACCCCGCUAACCCCCACACACCUUACAGCAACACCCCGCCACCCCUCACACCACAGCAACACCCACACCCCCUCACACCUUACAGCAACACCCCGCCACCCCCUUCACACCUUACAGCAACACCCCUGCCACCCCCUCACACCUUGCAGCAACACCCCGCCACCCCCUUCAUACCUUAUAGCAACACCCUCACCCUCACACCUUACAGCAACACCCCCUCACACCUUACAGCAACACCUGCCACCUCACCUUACAGCAACACCCCUGCCACCCCCUCACACCUUACAGCAACACCCCUGCCACCCCCUCACACCUUACAGCAACACCCCUGCCACCCCCUCACACCUUACAGCAACACCCCGCAAACACCCACACACCUUACAGCAACACCCAGCCACCCCCCUCACACCAUACAGCAACACCCCGCCACCCCCGUCACACCUUACAGCAACACCCCACCCCUCACACCUUACAGCAACACCCUGCCACCCCUCACACCUUACAGCAACACCCCACCCCCUCACACCUUACAGCAACACCCUGCCACCCCUCACACCUUACAGCAACACCCCGCUAACCCCCUCACACCUUACAGCAACACCCCGCCACCCCCCUCACACCUUACAGCAACACCCCCCCCCCCCCCACACACCAUACAGCAACACCCCGCCACCACCCUCACACCUUACAGCAACACCCAGCCACCCCCCUCACACCUUACCGCAACACCCGCCACCACCUCACACCUUACAGCAACACCCCGCCACCCCCUUCAUACCUUAAAGCAACACCCCGCCACCCCCCACACACCUUACAGCAACACCCCUGCCACCCCUCACACCUUACAGCAACACCCCGCUAACCCCCACACACCUUACAGCAACACCCCGCCACCCCCCAGACACCUUACAGCAACACCCCGCCACCACCCUCACACCUUACAGCAACACCCCGCCACCCCCCUCACACCUUACAGCAACACCCCGCCACCCCCCUCACACCUUACAGCAACACCCCGCCACCCCCCUCACACCUUACAGCAACACCCCGCCACCACCCUCACACCUUACAGCAACACCCCGCCACCAACCUCACACCUUACAGCAACACCCAGCCACCCCCCUCACACCUUACAGCAACACCCCGCCACCCCCCUCACACCUUACAGCAACACCCCGCUAACCCCCACACACCUUACAGCAACACCCCGCCACCCCCCUCACACCUUACAGCAACACCCCGCCACCCCCCUCACACCUUACAGCAACACCCCGCCACCCCCCUCACACCUUACAGCAACACCCCGCUAA